CAUUUAGAAACUGUUGUACCUUUCUCCUCUUCAUAACCUCUCCUUCCGGUAGGUUUACAUUCUAAUCGUAUGGCUGUUUUGUCGUAUUGAACGAGUGUGUAAGACCACAUCGUCUAGGCCUGUAUAUUGAAUUCGUAAAACGAUACCGUUUGUUUAUUAAACUACACUGUUAUGUUUUAGAUGAAGUUAACAUUUAGAUAAAUUUUCUCAUCUCCAUGAGAUUAUGUGAGAUAUUCUGCCAGGUCAACAUGAUAAACCUGUUACGACCUAUCUUACGCGGGGGUCACCAAGUAGGAAGCUACCGUUGAUGUUUCGACAGAAAAUAAGCAUCUAGAUGUAUCUUCAGAGCAUAGACCGUAAUAUAAAAUGUCAGUGUAAGUCUUAGAUAUCUGUGGUGUGUGAAAUUUGGGGCUGGAGGUGUUAAUGAAUCGAUGGCGUAUUUUUUCCGCGAACAGGAACGUGUCCAUUCUCAGUUGUGACCUAUAUAUUUGGCGGAACCUAGACUACCCGGUUUAUAAAUCGAUAAUUAUACCAAUAGCCAGGGGCCAUAUUACGCAAUAAAUGGGCAGCUGAACUUAAUGUGUUUCAUAUUAAAUCAUUUGAUCAACAUUGUCUAUACAUAACGGUCAAACAAAUCUAAUUUUCACCGAUAAAUAACAGAUGUGCAGAAGUGGGGCCGCUAUGGCAUACGGUCACGCGCCAAAUUCGAACGCGCUAGUAUUCGUCUAUCGUUUGAACGCCAACAGAAACUAAGAGAGUACUGUGCAAGAUUAAUUUUAUAUUUUUGAGAAUUUAGCAACCCAUUAGCAGAAAUGACAGAAAUAAAUCUACCUUCACUGUAUUCACUUGACACAAAUCCAGUAAUUGAAGAAUCCACUGUUGAACUACACACCAAGAUAGAUAGAAUCCCAUUUUCUCCGAUCAACAAACAAAACGCUGGUGUUUCCGCACUUAAAUGCAAUAGCUCUCCGAAAAUCCCAACAGCAUCUGACAAAGAAAACAUGAGAGCCAAAUCAAGAUCCAAGAAGGAGUCCUCUGGUUCUCCAAUCAAAGCAGAGAGAAAAUCAUCUACAAAGUCAGAGAAAAGUUCAGUGGUAACUGAAGGACAAUCUGUGAAAAUGGAAAGGGUGAAAAGUGACUCUGAAUGUUCUGUGGACUCAAUCGGUGAGAGACCCUCCACCCCCAGCGACAAUCCUGAGACCCCAGCCCCCCUUACGCCAACAGCAAAUCUAAAGAUGCUGUUUAGUGCUGUGAGCCCCGAACUCAGAAACAGAGAAAAACAGCUGGAAGAGGAGAGUGAAGGAAGGGAGAGUGAUGAUUUGGGAGGGAAAUUUAAACCUCUCAAUCUCGAUGCAGAAUUGGCAGCUUCACAGAAUGAGGAUGAAAAUGGAGACUGGAAACCAGGCUCACGCAAAGAGAAGUCUUUAGGCUUACUUUGUCAAAAAUUCCUACAGAAAUAUCCUGAAAACCCAGAGACAGAAGAAAGUUUAGAAAUUUCACUGGAUGAAGUAGCAAAAGAAUUGGCUGUUGAAAGGCGAAGAAUUUAUGACAUUGUCAAUGUAUUAGAAAGUGUGGAGAUCGUCAGUCGACUUGCCAAGAACAAGUAUGCUUGGCAUGGGAAAACUAAUCUAGUCAACACACUUGCCAAACUAAAGGCAUUAGCUGAUGCUGAAGGAUUCGGAGAACUAGUGCUAAAGGUCAAGGACUAUGAGUUGAACCGUGAACUGGCAGAGCAGAACGGCAGCGUAUAUAGUGCUACUCCUCCACUAGUCAUGGACCCCGAAAAUCCUAACGCGGCAUUACUGAGGAAAGACAAAUCACUGGGCAUUAUGAGUCAGAAAUUUCUCAUGCUUUUCUUGGUUUCCAGGCCAAGAGUUGUGAACCUGGAUUUGGCAGCUAAGAUUCUCAUUGGAGAUCCAAACAUUGAUAGGACAGAGAAUGCUAAGUUCAAAACCAAGAUCAGGAGACUUUAUGACAUAGCUAAUAUUUUAGCGACACUCAACUUAAUCAGGAAGAUUCGCAUAACUGACAUCAGGGACAGAAAACCAACAUAUCAAUAUAUAGGGCCAGAUCUGGAGCAAGUUCAUGAGUUGAAUGUGUGCUACCACGAUGGAUAUCACAGACCGUCUUCGAGACAUUCCAUGCUUGACUGUGUCAAGAACCAGCAAAUGUCUGAUAUCCUUUCACCAAACGGAUACCGACCAAUUAAACCUAAUUCUCCCUAUUCUGAUGACAGAGGACUAAGUGACGGCGGUGUCAAGAAGAACUCCAUGCCGAGACAUUCCUCUUUUGAACAAAUUUGUCAAGUGGCAGAGAAAGAGCGAGACAAGCUGUAUGCUUCCAUGUCACAGCCAUCAAGCCCCACAGAGAAACUCAGCUUUGAUGAUGCUCAAAUGAGCCUGAGUCAGGAAGAACCCAGUACGGUUAGAAAAAGUUACAGCAAGAGAAUCAUUGUCAAGCAGAAGGGAACAGAAUUCCAAAUCAUUCAUCCACCAAAGACAGCAGUAUUGAAAUCAGAUGCAGCAACCUCUGCAGAAGCAAAUUCCUCAGGAGUCGCCACCAAAGAUGGAAAGACGACCGAGACCAUCGUCAUUAAAGCCAAACAGAACUCGUCUCUGCCCCUAACCAAGGAUCAGAUCAAUGCAGUACUGAAAUCCCUCAAAGUGCCAGUACCAAUCAAGAAGGAGGCAGAGAUCAAAGAGAUACAAAGUCCAGUCAAAAGCGAGAAUGCUCCUGAGGCUGGUGUUUUCCAGGCGGUCAAGAGAGCCUAUGUCAUUCAGAACGGAGAACCCGAGGUCAAACGUUUCAGGUUGGAAUACCCCUCACCCCCGACUGAUGAAGACGAGGCCAGGAUUAAAAAAACUUCCACCGAGAUUAAAGGGAAGACUCCACCACAGAGAGCUUUGAUGUCUGACUUCAUGGAAGCCCAAGGAGGUAAAGGCAUGUCAGAAGGUGAAUCCAACAAAGGAAUGGAUUCGUGUGAUUCAGAACAAUCUGUUAAUGGGAAGAGCAACCAGCAGGGACAGAUUCACAGAAUAGCAGUGCAGUUGCCAAAUCAGCCCCCUACUAUAUUGCAGCUGCCUUUCAUUCAGCGCCAGCCUGCCACUUCUAUAUCCCACAUGCAAAUCAUUCAAGGAGUUCCAAUGAGUGCUACAGAUAGUUCGGGGCAGGCGGUGAACUUCAUGGUACCAGUGACCUUCAGUCCUCCCCUCACCCCCAACAGUAGUGCCUCCCCUAGUCCGACUGUGUUCACCUUUCAAGGGCAACAGACAUAUGUGAACCAGACUUCCUCUGUGCCUCACUUCAUUGGACAGCCGCCCGUGAAACUGUCUCCGAUUCCAGCGUCCAUGUCCAGUGCCUCCCACACUAGUGCUGUCCAGUCCUCGCCAGUCAUCUCCCAGCAGAUGAUCACCCCCACGGAGCGACCCACUCCUCCCACAACCAAGUAUUUUCGCAACACCCCCGGGGGCUUGAUCCCGCUGUCCACCAUUUCGGCUGCCGCCAGCAACUUCGCGGCCAAGGAGGGUCUGACGACGGCUAGACGCCUUGACCUGCCUGACCUCAGUGCUAACGACGUCUGCUGAACUUGAUCUCAUGUUUUAGAGAAUUCAAUCCUGGUAGCUUAGCCUUUAUUAUAUUAUGUAUUUAUAUUUAAGAUGGAGUGUAAAUGUAUUUUAUUGAGGUAUGAUUGUGCUUUGCUUCUCCUAUUAGGAAUCUGUGUCAAAUGAAGUCUUAUGUUUUAAACAGUAAACAGAUUUAAAAAAAGAAGAACCCGUUUUAACCAAUGAAAUUUGUCUAGUUUUAUGUGGUGCAUAAGAUGUUUCAAACUAUCUAGACCAAAGUAUUUAUUUGUCGACAAACAUAUGUAUUUGCAUGAGGAAAAGGAUGUAAAUGUACUUAAGUUGAUAUUUAUGUGUAGUAUUUAAUUUGCUAUAAGCUAAGAUGUCUAUCAUUAUCUUUAUAUAAUUUAUUUGUGUUUGAAAUAUGCAUGAAAAACAAAAAAUUCAUUAAAUUCUACGGUAGUCUUUUUCACAAAUUUUUGUAUAUAUACAUGUGAGGGUAAACAAUGUUAACAAAGUACACUUGGAUAAUUUUUUGCAUGCAUGCUUCUUGUAUUCGAAAAAGACAAUGAGAAAAAAAAAAUAUUGGAUGUACAUAAGUUUUGACCUGCGGUGUGUCAUUUAGAAUGGUAAUUGGAAGUUAUAUAUAUAUCUACUGUAGAAUGUGUUAUAAAUGUGUAAAAAGGAAAAAAAAUGUUGAUGUGUGGGAAUGUAUUAAUGUCUUCAAUAGACCUCUUAAAUGUUCAGUUGGUGGUAGAAAUAGAGUAUAUCUGAAUGUGGUUUUUUCCCCCCCUUCCAAAUAUUCUGUAUGAUGCUCUAAUAUUGGUCAGUUAUGUGUGUGCUUGACUGUUAACACUGGUAUAGAUGUAUAAGUAUGAGGGGACUGCAUAUAAAUAUGUGUUGGUACAUGAUGAUGAAUGCAGCGUUAGACAACAUGGCAAACUGUGAUACAACUUUAUUGUUUAGUUUGUCAUCUUUUUAAUUUAUUGGACAAUGUGGUUGUAAUUAAUUACCUUUUUUUUCGGUUGGAUUAUUCUACGGAUUAUCCACUUUGUUAAGACUUUGUAAGAUUUUCUAGGCAGCAAACAUCCUAGUGUGACCCAGUAACAUGCAUGUAAUGCAUUUGUCCGUUACGUUACUUUUAUUUUCUUUUCCCCAAUCAUCAUUUUAUUGUGCAUGAAUAGUAUUGUGUUAUUAUUAUAAUGACUUUUUUUUUUAAAAAGAAGUAAUAUACAAUAUUUGAGCCAGCUCAAAUUAUUUAUUUUUAAUAUCGUAAGGGAAUAAUAUCAGAUGCUUUAUAAAGAGUUAUCUUCCUUGUAUUGUAAGCAAAAUCCACCCAAUGGUAGCCAUACAUUUCAUUCCUUAGUUGCAUUGUUUUUAAUUUGCUAACACCUCAGCUCAUUUUUUCAUGAUACUCCUUUGUUUGUUUUUUGUUAGACAACAAAUAUUGUUCUGUUAUCAUUUUUUUUUUAUUAUCUAUGUUUUAUCCUUGGCAAGUGCACAAUUUUUUUUCCAUUGAAAAUUGAUAAAAUUGUUGCCUAAUUUGAAGUCGAAUUGUACAUAGAUGAUUUGUAUAUAGAGGAAUAAUAAACUAUUUAAAGAUGA